AUGUCAAAAGUAAAGAAGCGGAGUGUCGCGCGAUCACAGGCUGAACCUCCCAUCAUCGAUCUAUGUUCGCCACCAACGAAAGAAGAGAAAACGCUAAAACAAGCGCCACUUUUUGGACAACGACCCCCGAAGGAGGUGCAGCCCAACCCUGCAAAACGGCGGAAAACCAUCAAAUCCGAGCAGCCGAAAACGCCGAGAACAAGGGCUGCUGGGAAAGAAAAUGCUGAAAUUGCUGUUGAGGUUCCGGUUAAAUAUGCGAAUUUCGAUCACGCACCAUUGGCGACGGCGAGCUGCUGCUUUGAUGAGACAACUAUUUCUGUAUCCAAAGAUUGGACUGUGCCACUGUUGGCAAAGAAAACUAAUUGGGUUGCUAAAAGUAAAUGGCGAUGGUCCGAGCUAAAUUACAACGAGGAUGUUGUAGAGGAGCCUUCCGUGUCCUUCGAAAAUGCAGGGGAGAGAUCACGGAAGUUGGAAGAACAACUUUGGAGUGAAAAAUUCGUGGAAGACAACUUUUUCUGUCCGGACGGGGCCGGCCGCAUUGAAGUGAAGAGGGUUUUGGGGCUUUGGCAUAAACGAUUGUCGAAAGAAGAAAAGUCUUCUACGAAAACCACAACUAAGAAGAAGCGGCGCAAAGUCAAGGAUUUGUCCGAAAGCGAGGAAGAGUAUGAUUCUGACGGCGAUGACUACAACCCGGAGGAUGAUGGAGAAGGUACCCGCAUCGAGAAUCCGAUCUUCAUUUGGGGUGCAGGACAAUACAAGGAAACAAUGGUCUAUUCACUGGCACAAGAGCUCGACUUCAAGGUUCUCGAAAUUCAUCCCGGAGAUAAACGAGAUGGGGAGAGUCUGAAAAAGCGAAUACAAGCAGCCGCGACGAGUCAUCGUCUUGACGUGCAGGGGCUUUCAAAUUUCUUCUCAAACCCAGGCAAGCAGCCCGCCAAGAAGAAGCAUACCAUCAUAUUAAUAUCAAAUGCUGACAUCAUCUUCAGUAUGGACCGAGAUUUUGCGACUGCCGUCCAAACGGUGCUCCAAGAUAUUCGUGUGCCCGUCGUAAUUACAGGAGACGUUGAGCCUGAUUUCUCUUUCGAUGAUCACGUGAAAGCGCUGCGCGUUGAAGUUGGUAACAUUGCUAAUAUCGACAGGAAAUUAAUACAGAAACUGGCUGCUCGCUAUGGCGGAAUGUCGAUCCGCAAAGAAGAUGCUAGAAGGCUUCUGCCAACUUUGCAUGAGAGCGCCGAGAAGCUCGUGAAUUGGCUACAGUUUGCUUGCGGUGCCGAGGGACCGAUGCCGCUUCCGAAACUGCAGAUUGAAAAUACUGCGAGCGAUGAUGCGACAAUUGGAUGGGAACUGGAACCAACCCUUCCGCUCAAUUACGAUUUUCACGAAUGGGCACAAGAAAAACGAAGGCGCUAUGCGGAAAUGCGGCCUAGGCAUUAUGGAGAACUACGAUCGGGACCUGUCACUGUUCAACCCCCACGACGAUCCAUGAGCAAUUUAGAGGAGCGCCAAGUUUUGGUAGGGAUCCAACUCGCUCUCCAGUACCUCGGCGGCACAAAAGACCUCUCGACCGAUCUAAUCCCCUGGUUGUGUACUAUCGAUAAGGAAUGGGGCGAGCGAAUGGCUGGAAAUAGACGUGCACAACAUUACUUCAACCGGGUCGACGAGCGAACGGGCAAAUCCAUCGACUGUAACGGCCAGUUGGCCCUCUUGCUGGGCGCCUUUAGAUUUCUAAAUUUG